GUAAUUGUUGAAUACUGCCAAUUUGGAAACCUCUCUGCAUAUUUAAGAAGUAAAAGGAAUGACUUUGUUCUGUACAAGACCAAGUCUGUGAGGUACAGACAGGCCAAACAGCACUAUGUGGAAACACCCAGAGAUCUGAAGAAGAGACUGGACAGUAUUGCCAGCAGCCAGAGCUCAGCAAGCUCUGGUUUUGCAGAAGAGAAAUCUCUGAGUGAUGUGGAGGAAGAAGAAGUUGAAGAGGUUUGCAAGAACCAGCUCAGCAUGGAGGACCUCAUCUCAUACAGCUUCCAGGUGGCCCGUGGCAUGGAGUUUAUGGCCUCACGUAAAUGCAUUCAUCGGGAUUUGGCAGCUCGUAAUAUACUUCUGGCUGACAACAACGUGGUCAAAAUCUGCGACUUUGGCUUGGCACGUGAUGUCUAUAAAGAUCCAGAUUAUGUACGGAAAGGGGAUGCCCGGCUUCCUCUCAAAUGGAUGGCGCCAGAGACCAUUUUUGACAGAGUCUACACAACACAAAGCGAUGUGUGGUCAUUUGGGGUCUUGCUAUGGGAAAUCUUCUCAUUAGGUGGAUCCCCAUAUCCUGGUGUCCAGAUUGAUGAAGAUUUCUGCAGAAGGUUAAAAGAGGGGACACGGAUGAGAGCUCCAGAUUACGCAACUGUGGAAAUAUAUCAAACAAUGCUGGACUGCUGGCAGGGGGAUCCCUUACAGAGACCUACCUUUACUGAACUAGUGGAACAUCUGGGAAAUGUUUUGCAAAGAAAUGUGCAAUUGGAUGGAAAAGACUACGUUCCAAUAUUAGUGACUUUGAACAUCGAAGAAGAUUCGGGUCUCUCAAUGCCGACCUCACCUGUUUCCUGUAUGGAAGGAGAGGAAAUGUGUGAUGCAAAAUUCCACUAUGACAGCUCCGCCGGAAUACGAAUAAUCCAAAACACAAAGAGAAAUAGCCGGCCUGUCAGUGUGAAGACGUUUGAGGAUAUCCCUGUAGAGCCUGCAGUGAGAGUAGCCCCUGAUGACAACCAAACAGAUAGUGGGAUGAUACUUGCAUCGGAAGAGUUGAGGACAUUGGAGAACACGCAAAAUAUUCUGAUGCCAAGUAAAAGCAAAGAAUCAGUCACAUCAGGAUCCUCAAAUCAAACCAGUGAGUACCAGUCGGGAUACCACUCAGAUGACACAGAAACUGCACAUGACACCAAUGAAAAAACGCAGCUGCUAAAAAGGGGGAGUUCACUUGAGAUCUACUACAGGGAGACAAAACCACACCAAGCUGUUAUCGAACUGAGCACUGAGGUAUAG